UUUUUUCUUCGCACCCUUCGACAUCCCGGCGCCCCAGUUCCGUAUCCCCCUCGUUCUCUCUCUCUCGCCAUCGCCGCCACAGUCGCCAUCGCCGUCGCCCACUACCUCCGCCAUUCUCUCUUCAGUUCAGCCGUCUACCAUCCGGCGCUCUCUUUGCCCAAAACUAAUUCACUUAUUCAUCCUCUCUUCAGUUAAACCAGUUUGGCGGAACGAAGAACAAAUGAGGGCUUUUCGUGAGGUAGAUGAAGAACUGGGAAGGAAGAGGAGAUGAAUAACCCACCAAAAGUCCGAACCGAACCGAAUCGAAUCGAAUCAGUGUUUCUCAAUUCGACUUGGAAACCUAGUUCCAGUUAUCUCCUUCACUCGUCUUUAGUUCUUUCUGCAAUGAAGUUGAAAUUGAUGUGAAGGCAGGGUCUUCUCAAUUUCACUGGAGAGAUAUGAUUAAGUCGUGUAAUUAACCAUGAUUUUGCUACAACGUGUUGCCAGAGUCGAAUCUAAAACCAAAACUGGGAUUUUUGUAUCCUCAUUUAAGGAUAUCUUCAAUGAAGCUCUUGGAUCUUCCUCACCGUGUCCUAAUUUAUAUUCCUUUUCGUCUGUUGGUGGAAUUAGUGAUAAUGGAAACAGGAUUGUUCCUAUGUUUUCCCCUUGGAUGUCCACGGGAGUUGGUACAAGCUCGACAGCAGCAGGAGGGGCAGAUUGGAUGGUCACUCAGGAAGUAGCCUUGUCCUUUAAGGAGUGGUUCAAAUCUGGAAGCAACGCUUUGUAUGAUCAAAUCUUCCAAAUCCUCCAAAUGGCUAGAGAUGACCAAGAAAUGCCAUAUGGUCAUUCCACUGCUGAUCUAGCUCUUUCUAGUCUUGGCCUUCGUCUCAAUGAGUUAUUUGUCUUAGAUGUCCUGCGUUAUGGCUCCAAGGAUGUUCUGUCUUGCCUCAAGUUCUUUGACUGGGCAGGACACCAACCGGGAUUCUUCCAUACACGUGCCACAUUCGUUGCCAUCUUUAAGAUUCUGUCCAAGGCCAAGCUCAUGUCCCUCAUGUUUGAUUUCCUUGAAAACUACGUGCAGCAGAAAUUUGUCCAUAAGGCUCGUUUUUACAAUACGUUGGUGAUGGGUUAUGCUGUUGCUGGUAAACCCAUUUUUGCUCUUCAGCUGUUUGGUAAAAUGCGCUUUCAAGGCCUUGAUCUCGAUUCUUUUGCCUACCAUGUUCUUUUGAAUUCUCUUGUUGAGGAGAAUUGCUUUGAUGCAGUGCAUGUUAUUGUCAAGCAGAUUACUCUGAGGGGAUUUGUGAAUGAGAUCACACAUUACUUAAUGCUAAAAAAUUUCUGCAAGCAGAGUCAGUUGGAUGAGGCAGAAACCUUCUUGCAUGACUUGGUAGGUAGUGGAAAAGGACUGAAUGGGCGUAUGCUGGGUUUUCUUGUUAGUGCACUUUGCAAAAGUGGAAACUUUGAGCGGGCAUGGAAGUUGGUUGAAGAGUUUAGAGACUUAGAAUUAGUUUCAAUGGAUCAUGUGUAUGGUGUGUGGAUAACAGAACUUAUUAGGGCUGGGAAGCUGGAGAGAGCUCUACAGUUCUUAUAUAGCAGAAAGUCAGAUGAAAGUUACAUUCCUGAUGUCUUUCGUUAUAAUAUGUUGAUUCAUAGACUUCUCAGAGAUAACCGGCUUCAGGAGGUGUUUGACUUGCUUACAGAAAUGAUGGAGGAACAUAUUUCCCCGGAUAAAGUUACUAUGAAUGCUGCCAUGUGUUUCCUCUGCAAAGCUGGGAUGGUGGAUGUUGCACUUGAUUUAUACAACUCAAGAUCAGAAUAUAGGCUUUCCCCCAAUAGUAUGGCAUAUAACUAUUUGGUCAAUACUUUAUGUGGAGAUGGAAGCACUGAUGAAGCAUACCACAUCUUGAAACACUCCAUAGAUCAAGGUUACUUUCCGGGAAAAAAGACAUUUUCUAUACUUGCAGAUGCUUUAUGUCGAGAGGGAAAGCUUGAUAAGAUGAAGGAGUUGGUUAUUUUUUCCUUAGAGAGGAACUUUAUGCCCAGUGGUUCCACAUAUGAUAAGUUUAUAUCUGCUUUAUGCAAGGCUAAGAGAGUUGAAGACGGCUAUUUGAUUCAUGGUGAGCUUAAUAGAAUAAAUGUAGUAGCUAUAAAGAGCACUUAUUUUGUUUUGAUAGAUGGUUUUAACAAGUUAAGGAGGGGCGAUAUCUCUGCAAGACUACUCAUUGAGAUGCAGGAAAAGGGUCACAAUCCAACUAGGAAAAUAUUUAGAUCAGUUAUUCACUGUCUUAAUGAAAUGGAGAAUAUGGAAAAACAAUUCUUUAACCUGCUUGAGUUACAGUUAUCUCGUCAAGAGCCCAGUCCUGAGGUGUACAAUAACUUCAUUUAUGGAGCUGCACUUGCAAAAAAGCCUGAGCUUGCUAGAGAAGUAUAUCAGAUGAUGUUGAGAAGUGGAAUCCGACCCAAUUUAAGUUCCGACAUUCUUUUGUUAAAGUCCUACUUACAUAGUGAACGCAUUUCUGAUGCUUUGAAUUUUGUAAGCGAUUUGUAUCAGACACGAACUAUUGGAAGGAAAAUAUCCAACGUCAUGGUUGUCGGUCUAUGCAAAGCCAAUAAAGCUGAUGUUGCACUUGAUGUUUUGAGGGACAUGAGGGAUAGGGGUGUAAUACCUAGUAUUGAAUGCUACGAGGAGCUGGCCAAGCAUUUAUGUCAUAAUGAAAGAUACGAUUUGGUGGUAAAUCUUAUAAACGAUCUAGAUAAAGUUGGGCGUCCAAUUACAUCCUUUCUUGGUAAUACACUUCUAUAUAGUUCAUUGAAGACUCAAAAACUCUAUGAUGCCUGGGUUAGUUCAAGAGAGGGGCAAGUGGAGACUUCCCGAAGUUCUAUGCUCGGCCUGCUAAUUGGGGCAUUUUCUGGCCAUAUUAGAGUAAGCCAGUCUAUUAAGAACUUGGAAGAAGCCAUUGCCAAGUGCUUCCCACUUGACAUCUACACGUACAACCUAUUAUUGAGGAGGCUAAGUGCAAAUGACCUGCAACAAGCAUUUGAGUUAUUCAAUCGAUUGUGUGAGAAAGGAUAUGUGCCGAAUAGAUGGACUUAUGAUAUAUUGGUUCAUGCUCUUUUCAAACAUGGGAGGACGUCAGAAGCUAAGAGAUUGCUGGAAGUAAUGUAUCGAAAAGGAUUCACUCCGACGGAGUGUACUAAAGCAUUUAUUUAAUCCAACAGUGUUUGACAAGAUGCCAUGAUCUACAGAAAAUUUAGCACUAUUGUCCCCCUUCUGCGAAAUAUUAUUCUAUUUUGUUCAAUGAAGAGUGGAAAGCCCUGAAGAUUUUAUCCAGCCAAGCAUCAAAGCAUUUCUUGGCUUAGUAUUUCAUGGAAUAAGUAGGGUAGAAGAUUGUCUAGUAAAAGAGAUCGUAGUUUCCAAUCCAAUCAUUUCUACAGUUUGAAAUAAUUCUUACUCUUUUUUUAAAUGAUAAUGAUUUGUUGUAAUUUUGAUUUCGUGACCCCAUCGUAAUUUUUGUAAGCUAUUUGCUAGAUGAGUAACAAGUCACAUGCCAUCAAUUUAAUGCUU